CAUACUAUACUGUUCCAUUCACAGCUUUAAGAAAGAAAAUCAAAAAUGUUUCUUGAACUAUACAACAAAUAUAAUUAUGAACUGGCAGAUCCGAGGACUAACGAUUUUUUGCUUAUGACGUCACCAUUUAAAGUGCUUGCAAUACUAUCACUUUAUCUAUGGUUUUGCUUAAAGGCCGGUCCUCAUUUUAUGAAGGAUAGAAAACCAUUUCAAUUAAGACAAACAUUAGUAGUUUACAAUUUAAUUCAAAUUAUUUUAAGUGCAUUCUUUUUUAAAGAGACUCUCAUGAUGUUCUUAUACGAGUACGACCUAAGAUGCAUUCCUUUAGAUUAUUCAGUAAAUCCAAAGACGACAUAUUUAUGCUUUCUAGGUCAUAUAUGUUUUUUAUCAAAAAUAUCUGAACUUCUAGAUACUGUCUUCUUUGUGCUACGGAAAAAAUAUUCACAAAUUACAACAUUACAUUUAUAUCAUCACACUAUUAUGGUUGCUAUUGGUUGGGUUGUACUUAAAUACAUGGCAGGCGGUCAGGCAGCAUUUAUUCUAUUAAUUAACUCAUUUGUACACAUAGUAAUGUACACAUAUUAUUUAUUAGCUGGAUUAGGACCCAAGUUUAAAAAGUAUUUAACAUGGAAGAAGCAAAUUACGCAAUUACAAUUGGUUCAAUUUGUAAUAAUAUUGAUAUACAAUCUACAAGCUUUACCCAGGGAAUGUGAUUAUCCAAAAAUGAUGCAUGUAUUUCAAAUUGUGGAAAGUUUAAUUUUUAUAUACAUGUUUUCAUCGUUCUAUGUCAAGGCUUAUAACACAAAAAAGCCGAUAGAUUCAAUCAACGCAUCAAGUAAGAAAGUUUGUGAAGUCAAGAGUAGUUAAUAUAGUAUAAUUUCCAUUAACGUUGUAUGGACUUCAAAUGUUAUGGAAUAAAAAAUUGAUGUAA